CAACGAAAUCGUAGUUCUCAAAUUACUUCUUCCUGGAGACUUAUACAUCAUCCCUUGGGUGCUCGUUUUAUUCUAUCCGACCCAAAGAAUGGUAGUCUGGUACCCAUUUGGACAAACUAUUGACAGAAAUGUUUAUAUGACGAAUAAAUUGAUGCAGGCAUAACUUGAAUAACAAGUUCGAAAGAAACUGGCUCGAGAUGGUCAAGGUAAAACUGGUUGUGUGGAAUAAGUAUUUCAUUGCAUAAUUUACACUGUAUAUUAUAAAACUUGUUCUGCCGAAUAAUUUUUAAUAUAUACGAAAUAAAAAUUGAAGUAACAUAAUUGCAAUAGCAUUUUAUCAGCGUUAGAUCAGCUAAAACAUGACGGCCGCGAAAACAUGAAAACUUAUUUUUAAUGUAACAGUAUCAAAGAGUUAGAAGAAAUAAAAAAGAUUGAUUCAACCAUGAUAUGAACAGUAGUUGAUACGUUCCUGUGGGAAGUAUAUACAUAUAGCACGUCGCGUAUAAUUUCGUCAGUUUCGAUAUUCUACGUCCAGUAUAUGCGAUGAAUUUGAAACGUUCAUCGCAAAAGCAAUAAGUACUGUUUCUUAGUUCUGUUUUAAAUAAUUCACGUACAAAUAUGAAAUCUAAAAAACCAAGUAACGUUGCAACACUUUACUUGAAAGCUUAUAAUCUUAUCCAAGUUUUUGGCUGGAGUUACAUACUUUAUAAAUUUCUGAUAAAUGAUUUUACUGUGUCAGAACCAAACUUAUGGCGUAAUGUUAAAUGGCCAGUUAUUAUUUUUCAACAUGCUGCUUUUUUGGAGAUAAUACAUGCAGCAACUGGUCUAGUUAAAUCAAACCCUAUGCUAACAGUUUUUCAAGUUUUUAGUCGUGUGAUAAUUGUAAGUGCUGUAUUGUUAGCAACUCCAUAUGAACAUGCAGCAUCAUCACCUGGCUUGCCAUUGGCCAUUUUAGCAUGGUCAAUAACAGAAAUAAUUCGAUAUCUGUUUUACUUUAUGAAUCUCAGUGGUUCUGUACCAUAUUUUCUUACAUGGUUAAGGUAUACAUUAUUUAUCAUAUUAUAUCCUAUUGGUGUAACUGGAGAACUGUUAUGUUUAUAUGCAGCUAUAAAGUAUGCAGGUUCUCACCCAGAGGCCUGGAGUUACAUACUUCCUAAUGCAUGUAAUUUUACUUUUAGUUAUUAUAUUACUCUGAUAAUUGUAGGACUGACCUAUAUUCCUGUUUUCCCACAAUUAUAUUUACACAUGUUUGCCCAGAGGCGUAAGAUCUUAGGAGUUGAUGCAUCCAAAAAAGCUCAAUAAUAUAAAUAAAAUUUUAUACAUGUUAUUUCUAAGGAUAUGUUUUUAUGAUGGAAAUAAAUAUCUCAAUUUAUAAAGA